AUGAGUUCGCCCGCUCGGCCAGCUCCUCGUAGACCCAAUGGGCGUCUGCAAGCAUGCGAUCCAUGUCGAAGGCGCAAGGUCGCGUGUGACCAUACACAGCCAGUAUGCAAUAGAUGUCGAGCGAGGAAUCAAGCCAAAAAUUGCGUCUACUUGGUCGGCAGCUCCAAUUUGAAGGCUGCGCUGCUCAACGAGGGCCCAAGGAACAGUGAUACCGCCUUUGACUUCAAUUCAACAACCGGUGAGGACCUCUCACCUUCAAUGACCGUGUCAGAUGAGACACAACAUGACCCUCCAGGUUUGGUAGAGCGAUCACCAGUGGCUUCCCGGCGGCUGCACCACACUACCUCACCUUCCAUAGACGUUCCUUCAUCUGGUACUGGUACUGGUUCUGGCUCGGGGUUUCUGGGCGCAACCAGUCACUCGGCAGUGUAUGACGAGACUACACAAACAUUGUCCCUGCUUCAAGGCUUUCAAGCUUGCUUGCCUGUACCAGGAGAGUCGAAACAGAGACAACGAUUCAGAGAUGCAGCAUCCGAAGUUUUGCUCUCCCCUACUCGCGAAAUGUGCUUGGUUGUGCUUCGCAGUAUCCCAAGUCCACCAGAUGGACACAUCUCGCUGCUCAUGUCACCCCAUCCAUAUGACGGCUGGGCCAGAGUGGCUGCCCAGCGAAUUUUGAAAUCCUUGUAUGGUAGGUUUGGGAAAUAUCUCGGCUCCAAUCGCGUCGACUCGCAGCUCGAGGAGAUUGCAGUAAUGCUCAGCAACAACACUGCACGGCCAUUCUCAGACAGCGUCGCCGACCCUGACCAGUGGAUUGCCCAAUUUUCUGGCCCAAAUUUGCGCUGGGAGUCGCUAGGACUCAUAUUCAGCUUCAAAGAGCUAGGCUUAGACCGUCGUUGGGUUUCGCAACAAGGAACAUCUGCACAGAGCCUUCGCAAACAUUGGCCAGAGGUAGCUAGGGUCUGCCUUGGACUUACCAUUGAUCUAGCUCGUAGGUUCUCGGACGGUAAUAGCAUUUUAUUGCAGCUUUGCAUUCGACGCACUGUAGCAGAGUCCAUCAUAACCGGCGAUGCCAGCCUUUCUUGUUGGAGAGCAUUGUCUGAAUCAACUUCGUUGCUGACCUUUCUUGGUUAUCAUGCCGAGUCCUCCUCUCCCACGUACCAACCAUGUCUGAGUUCAGAAACAAGACGCAGAGUGGCUGCCCAUGUGUUCAUUAUGGAUAAGGUGGUAGUUCUUUUUACGGGACGGCCACCCCAAAUUAGCCAUCGCUAUGUUUCAACGCCGCUACCAUUGGAUCUCGAUGAUGAAGAGCUGUUUGCUGGAGAGGCCGCCAUUGCUGAAUCUGUGCGCUCGCUGGAUGACAAUGGAUGGAACACCAAAGGAGGGCUCUACGCAGCGACGACCCUUCGAUGUCGGUUGUUGAUCGCUUUUAUUCGCGAUGAACUGAUUGAAAUAGCGGUGGGAAAUUGGAAGGAAACUCCCAUUGAUACUCUCUUGCACUUGAAGAAACGAGAGAGCGACACCAUGACGAGCUUUCCGGACUCGGCAGUCUACCGUGAUGGGGAAUUUGACGACCCUUUGGCAGACAUGGGUCUUCUCUAUGCUAGGCUGCUGAUCAAGUUGGAGCACCUGCAAAAUCUCUUCGUCAUCGAGCGACUGCUAUGGCGGCGUGGCCAUCGGGACCAGUGCGAACUCCUGACCACAAGUUUUGAACUUGUGUCGCGCACGCUGUUAUUCUGGACCAACAAAGACCGGUUUACCCUGGUACGGGCCGACUUUGCCUGGCUGGUCAUGGCGUAUGCCACUCCAAGUGGUGGAAUUCUCUGUAUGGAACUAUUGAAACCAACAUUCAGCGGCCGACAUCCGCAGAACGUAAAGAUAACGCGGUCCAGCAUAAUCCAACAACUGAGCCUCUUGAUCGGGUUUCUGGACUGGAUUGGUCCAAAUGGCCCAAACGGCGAGCUGUGCGCAGGUUGUAGCUCGGUCAUUCAACUGGUGCUCGAUCACACAUUGAAUGCCCGAGAUGAUGAGAGCUGGCCACCAGUUAGCUUGGACACGAUGCAGCUGGAUUUUAAUUUUGAGCUGUUUGACACCUUUGACUGGAUGCGGCCAGAUAUAUCGCUAUAA